AUGAAGGCCUACAUCAUGGACGAGGACAUCAAGGAUCUAUCCGAGCUUCCCUCUAAGCUGCGGGCUGAUGCCGAAGCUCCAGAGGUGGAUGCUGAUGGCACGGCAGUGCUUGUGGACGUCUAUGCUGCUUCGUGAGUUCUCAAGCGGCGCGUGGGGAUGCGGGGCGAUUGGGCGCAUACAGGCUAACGUUUUGGAAUCUGGCGUCUGCGCCACAGCUUGAACCUCUUCGACCAGCUCCAAGUUCGCGGCAAAUACCAGAUGAAGAAGCCCUUUCCCUACAUUCCAGGUGCAGAGAUUGCAGGAGUCAUUGCCAGCAACUCGCCGAUUCCUGAAGGCUGCAAUUGGGUCGCUGGAAAGACCAGAGUCUUUGGAUCGGCCAAUGGAUCGUACGCGGAGCGUGAGUAAGUCGCCCUUUCGGUCCUGUCCGACUUGCUUUCAUUUUGGCAGCUCCACUCAAUCGAUCAAGCUGGAUGCCUAUGUUCUCGUAGAGGUCGAGGCGGAAAUCUCCCAGCUUCAAGAAAUUCCUGAUGGCAUGACGUUCGAAGAGGUGAGUGCGGUCAGGCGGCCCCGAUGUCCUUUCAGUCCUAGGCACUUCGAAUGCACGCUGAGGCACGUUACUUUUCUCUGGUCAGGCUUCAGGACUCUACGUCACAUGGCCAACUUCGUACGCUGCGCUACAUUUCAGGGCAAAGGUUCAGCCAGGUGAAUGGGUGUUAGUGCAUGCCGGCGCAGGCGGAGUUGGCCUUUGCGCAAUACAAAUCGCCAAGGCGAUGGGUGCUAAGUGAGUUCGGAUCAUGCUAGCGUAUUAGCGAGACUAGAGCCGGUCAUCGCUGACCUAACACUCUGUUGUACUCCAUGUUGAAUCUAACAGAGUCAUUGCAACGGCAGGAAGCGAGGAGAAGCUCAAAGUCUGCACCGAAAUUGGCGGAGCGGACCAUGCUGUCAAUUACCGAGACAAGGAGUGGCAGAACAAGGUCAAAGGUGCGAUUUGAAAGCAGGAGACACACUAGAGCUGAGGGCUGAAAUCGCUGCUGAGCCUAUGCAUGCCCUCUUGAUUCGCUUCCGACCAACUGCAGAGAUCACCGAUUCGCACGGAGUUGAUGUGGUGUACGACCCUGUGGGCAUGAUCCUCCCAUCACUGAAGGUGAUCGCAUGGAAUGGCCGGCUUGUUGUAAUUGGCUUCGCAGCAGGCGACAUCGAAAAGGUUCCCAUGAACUUACCUCUACUGAAGCAAUGCUCCAUCAUGGGUCUGUUCUGGGGUCGGAUGACCGUGGAACAGCCAGAACUGGUCCCCGAGACCUGGAAUGGCAUUCUGGAGCUGUUGAAGAGCAAAAAAGCAAAAGCCGUCGUCUACUCGCACAUCUACGAAGGUCUGGAGAGCUUGACCCAAGCUUUGCAGGACCUAAUGGCACGAAAGACUUGGGGCAAGGCCGUGGUCAGGGUUAGAAAGGACGGCAAAGAGAAGCUCUGA